AUGACUAUUGCUGACUAUGAAGCUGAAUUUACUAAUUUGGAAAAAUUUGGGUCCCACGCCAUUGAUAUUGAUAAAAGGAAGGCGUGUAAAUUUGAAGAUGGGUUAAUACCUGGAAUUAGAAAUGUUGUUAAACCACUACGCCUGCCUACAUAUGCGGAUGUUCUCGACCGUGCUCUCAUAGUGGAACAAGGACGUGAGGAUGUCAAAAAAAUUUCUGAAUCUAAAAAGAGGAAGAAUAGGCAGAAUACUGGGAAAGUGGAUCAAAGAGGGACUCUUCCUGCUUGUGCAACAUGUGGAAAGAACCAUUCUGGAAACGGCCAUAUUCAGAGGGACUACCCAAAGAAGUUAACUGGAGCCAAUGCGAUGCCAAUAGGGAACAAUGUCAAAAAUCCUACCGGGCAGAAGAUGGGUACAAAUCAGAAACAAGGAAAGGCUUUCGCGCUAACUCUUGGAGAUCCGCGGAAUACAGAAUCAGUUGUUGCAGGUACUAUACUCAUCUGCUCCACUCCUGCCUAUGUACUUUUUGAUUUGGGAUCAACACAUUCCUUUAUUGCUAGCCAGUUCGCGUUGAAAUUGUCGAAAAGCCCUGAACCACUCGCAUAUGAAUUAUUAGUGUCAAUGCCUUUGAAUAGUAGCACAAUAUGUAAAUUGAUAUAUAGGGAGUGCGAUGUAAAGUUUGCGGGUAAAAAGUUAAUAGCAGACCUAAUAUCUAUGCCUAUAGAUCACUUUGAUGCAAUUCUAGGAAUGGACUGGUUAUCUAACAACGGUGUUACUAUAAAUUGUAAGAAUAAGUCCAUUGUCUUUCGAAACCUUGGGCUAGAUGAGUUUCGGUUUAUUGGAGAAAGAGUGUUCUCACCUCCAUAUUGCAUUUCUGCGGCUCGUGCUCAACGACUUUUAAAGAAGGGUUGUGAAGGUUACUAUUGCAGUAUAGUGUCGAGUGAGACAAAAAAAGAAACGUUGGAAAGUAUCCCUGUGGUUCAAGAUUUUUCAGAGGUUUUUCCAGAAGAUUUGCUCGUUACUCCAAUGGACAAGGAAAUAGAAUUCUCAAUUGACCUGGAGCCCGAUAUACAACCUAUUUCCAAAGCACCUUAUCGGAUGGCACUAGCAAAGCUUAAGGAACUGAAAGUGCAACUGCAGGAAUUACUGGAGAAAGGUUUUAUACGACCUAGCUAG